AUGAACUCAUUGACUUCGUCUUCCUUGUCAGCUCCCAGCCUGUCGGGUCAAACAUCUGUGCCUUCUUUUGUCUUUACUGCUCAGAGUGGAAGCCCCGUCUCUACAAGAACGCCACUGCCUUCUACGUCGGGGAUUUCAAGAUCGCAGUCACUUGAUUCUUCAUCAUCGGCUCCUACCUCUCCCAAGUCCACAUCACUAUCUAUCAAGGACCCACUACCGUCAACCUCGAGCCAUGACACUUCUUCAGUCUACGGUACACCAUCGGCCCUAAGUACAAUCAUCGCCACCACUACUGUCUCAAGCAAAGCCGACGUCAAUAAUAUCUCAGGCCCUUCCUCACUACCCGCUGCCGCAGAAUUUCCUAAAUCCAGUACCGCAAAUACUUUAGGGUCUACCACUGGCACAGUUGGAAUCAUAGAAAGCUCAUCUGGCUCUACUGCGGAGAUACAGACCUUACCUACGACUACUCCUUCGACGCCCGGGACACAACCUGCAAACGACUCCGACGCUUCGACCCCGUCAUUUACAACAUCAACCAUCUUCAGCACGCGCACCACCACAAUCACAGCUUGCCCCUCAAGUGUGCUAGACUGUCCUGCCUCCUCUAAGACCACCUCCAUCACUACCGAAACCAUCAUUGUAUCAACGACCAUCUGCCCGGUCACUGCCACAGAAGUCGCGACGACUGCUACUUCAGUCCCUUCCACCGAAGCAGCAGGGAAUCUCUUUGUCAGUGAAUCUUUGACUGUUUCGCAAUAUGGAAUUACUAUAGCAUCAAGCCUCCCUUCUGCAUCAAAUAUCACUGAUAGCGUCGGCACUGAUAUUGUGAUGUACACAACCUCGACCGUCUUCAGUACCCGCACUGCUACAAUCGUAGCUUGUCCUUCAAACGUGCUCGAUUGCCCCGCUUCUUCCAAAACCCCUUCCAUGACAACAGAGACCAUUCUUCUUUCUACUACCAUCUGUCCUAUUACUGCCACUGCUUCCGUUAUGACAGAACAAAGCCCCACCACUGGAGCGAUGACCACGGAAAGUCUUCUGACUACCGUCACCAAGACCAUCACUGGUUGCCCAUCUACUGUGACGGAUUGCCCUGCUUCUCAGAAACACACAUAUACGACUACUGAGACUCUUGUUGCAGGAACUACUGCCUAUUCAGUACCCUUAGCUGAAGGUUCUUCGAGUACGGGCAGUUCAGCUGUUUCAACCAAGACUAUUACGCUCAUCCCCAUAAGCAACGUGAGAAACGUCGUCACAGAGAGCGCAGUGGCUGGUCCGAGUGAGCCGACAGCUUUUGCCCCGUCAAACCCAUCAUCUGUCCAUGUUAGCUCUACUGCAAGUGAAACUCCAGCUCUGGCUUCCACCGCGAUGAAAGCUUCAACGCCAUUGUCAUCUGUAGAUGUUAAUGUCGAUCUCGAUGCCGACGCUUUAGCCCAAGCCACAGAGUCCCCGUACCUCAAAGCAGCUGAUAUAUCCGAUUUUGUCCUCCCAACCACCAGUGCACUGAUUCAUGAUGGACCUGCCGGCUCUACGCCUACUUUCAUCCACCUUCUCCCUUCAGUCGCUGGUAGUUCAACUUUGACUUCCCAGAAGAACUCCGCUACGGUUUUAUCUACAUCCACUCGGACAUACAACACCGUUGCCUCCACAUCAACUGUUGUAUACACUGGUUCCGCGUCUGUUUUGCGCUCGAAGUGGUUGAAGUUUGUUGGUGGUUUUUCCUUGUUCUUUUCGUAUAAAUUAAUUUAG